AUGGCGAGGACCAAGCCAAGGUCACGAAAAGGACCCACCCCACACAUCGCGGAGGCCAGCCCGAAGAAGCGAAGGAAGGGGGCAGAGCCCACUGGAAGUACCACCCUGCCGGCCAUCGACAAAGUCAAGGAGAGGGCCAAGCAACAGCACAAACACGCGAAGAAGACACGGGAGAACUACAACGGGUAUGUAGAACGAGGACAGACGUGGCUAAGGGCACAUUUCUCCGCUGCCAUGAACACGAAGGCUACUAGGGAGGCGAGCGUGGAUUCGGAGACUGUUUCUAUCAGUGCCGAUGCCUACGAGGAUCCCAAGUUCAGAGACGCACUCGAGAGGGUGCCCAACCAACAUUCCGACAAGGCCCUAGCGCUGCUCAUCUCCUUCAAGUGCUUCCACGAAAACUGUGGCCAGAGCACGUGCGACGGGACUUACUCCGCGUUCAAAAAAUUCUGGGAGGAAUCGGAUGGAGAUACCUACCGUGGAAGGUGGAAUUUCAACGAGGCACGCCAGCGCUGGGAAGGAAACCCUGCAUCGUCAGCCGAGGUCCAAGACAUCAUCAAGUCCGUCAAGCACAAGACGAGCAGCGAGGGUGGGGACAGAACCCACUCGAUUGCAAUGUCGAAAGCAUUCAUGGAUCGAAUCCUGGCCUGGACCCACAAACUCUGCCCACAGGAGACAUUCCUUGGGCUCAUGAGAUCUCUCGUCAAACUGAAACGGAAGGACUUGACCAUCGAUUUCAUUGAUGUCGGCAUGACAUUCACGAGAUACCUGAAUGGCGAGAAACUGUCAUUGAGGGACCUCCACACUCACUUUGAGGUAUUUUUGUCCAACCGAAAAGGCUGGCAGCGGAAGGUGGACAAGGGCACGAAGGAAGCAGACCUGCGAAGCAACCGGUACAAGCUCUACCCACAGCCAGACAUACCAGGCUGUGACUGCUUCUUCUGGCUCUUACUCUGGAUUGCCUUUCUCGAAGUUGCCCACUACGGCCGAAAACUCGAUCCCGAAGACUAUAUCUUUCCCGCGAUGGGUGCGAAUGGCAUUGUCCAUCGCGGCGAACCUAUCUCGCAUGACACCGUUCAAGCGUGGAUUGACGAGGCAACCACGGAGGCUGGAAUUCCACGAGGAGCGGGUGACAACUUCACGACCCACACCUAUCGACGUGGCGGAGCACAGUGGUGUUGGAUGUUCGCACCUGUUGGCCAGCGCUGGACUCUCGCCAGGGUGAGGUGGUGGGGCUCAUGGGCAGAGAAUGAGAAUCGCGACACGCUGAUCCGGUAUCUCCUCGAUGAGCUCUCCAUGUACGAAAAUGACCACAGCGAUGCGCUCUGUCCAACGCAAUGUGAAGCUGAUGCAUCUCUGCUUGGCGAGCACGUACUCGUCAAGCCUGUGUGCAUCCAAGACCUCCAGUCAAUGCAGGAAUGCAUCUCAGCUGACGUGGCAGGUUUGCGGAGUGACCUAUGCACCCUCGCAGCCGUGCUCUGCAAGGGACAACUGACUCAUUCACCCGCCGAGUCGCCCAGCCACACAAAUACUAUGUGCGACUCAGACGUUCUGCACUCGCCAACUCUGCCACCGCACCCAGGUAACUCCCGUGCCACGUAUCCAUGCCUCAGUCCCCCCAACCCACCUGUCUCUCAGCCACGUCCUGCUGUUCCCUCCUCCAUUCUCCCACAGCCAUCUGCACUCACUCGACUUGGAAUGGGCUCACACCUGCUACCUGAGAAGGGACUCGUCAUCCCUGACAUCCCGACACGAUGCUCUGACGGGAGUCACAUGCCCAGAGCUGCCUCUUGGAGACAGAUCGUGAAACACUGGACGGAUGGCGACCCUGAACGUGGCUUACUCGUUCCACUUCGAGAUUGGCCGCCCAAGUGGAUCCGCGGGAAGAACAAGAAGUUUUUCGCGAUGAAGUACCACCAGCGCUCGGUGAUCGCACUGGAGUUUCUCGACCGGUUCGAUGGACGCGAGCCUGCAUUUCUUGCUGCAUAUCCAGAGGCCACCGAGGGCCACACAGCCUUGCUCCGCGCAAUCAACCAUGCGAAGAGGGCACGCGGGGACAUCAUCCCUCGCAAGUGGUGA